UCUUAACCAAUUUAUCUAAUGCUCCGUAUGGAGCAUCAUUUUAGUUGGCAAAAAAAGAUGCGUAUUUCACGUUACAACCAUACCAGAACUCCAACGUUUUUUUAAAAUUUGAAUAGAUUCCGCUCUCUCCAAGUUGUAUUUGAACUCGCUCAUACCAGCCAGUGACCAGAACUCCACGCAAUCAGAAGAGACGCAAAAAUGGAAAUCGCUUCAGGAGCUUUCACCUCUUGUUCCAAAGAGCAGCAGAAACUCUACCAGAACUGGUUUAACUUAGCUGAUUCAGACGGAGAUGGUCGUGUCACCGGAAGCGACGCCACCAAGCUUUUUGCAUUGUCGAAUCUUAGUAAACUUCAACUCAAGCAGGUUUGGGCUCUUGCUGACUCCAAACAUCAAGGUUUUUUAGGCAUCAAUGAAUUUAUUACUGCGAUGCAGCUGAUAUCCUUGGCACAAGAAGGACAAGAGCUAAACUCAAAUCUCCUUAAAACUGCAGAUGGCAUGCGGCAUGUGGAUCCUCCAACAAUGAAUGAUUUCGAUGUGUUGCUUUCUAAUACCAAUGGCUCACUGUCAGAAACCAACUCUGAUUCCAAUGGUAGCAAGCCAGACACAAAUGGAACUACACAGUCGCAGAUAGCAUCAUAUGUCAAAAUGUUCAGCUCAAGAUCUAGAAAGAAGGUCCAACCUACUCUUACUGCUGUAACUUCAGUAAUUGAUGGCUUAAAGAGGUUAUACAAUACAAAGCUGAAGCCGUUGGAGGCUACCUACCGUUUUAAUGAUUUUGUAUCCCCAGCAUUGACCUCUAGUGAUUUUGAAGCUAAACCCAUGGUUAUGCUUUUGGGUCAAUACUCAACUGGGAAAACCACUUUCAUUAAGCACCUAUUGAAGAGAAACUAUCCAGGAUCUCACAUUGGACCAGAGCCAACAACCGAUAGAUUUAUUGUUGUCUCGUCCGGACCAGAUGAAAGGAGCAUUCCUGGAAACACCAUAGCUGUUCAUGCAGACAUGCCAUUCACAGGGUUAAAUACUUUCGGAGGAGCUUUUUUGUCAAAAUUUGAAUGCUCCCAGAUGCCACAUCCACUCCUUGACCACUUCUCACUUGUGGAUACACCGGGUGUCUUGUCGGGGGAGAAACAAAUGAUGCAACGAAGCUAUGAUUUCACUGGUGUUAUAUCAUGGUUUGCAGCUAAGUGUGAUCUCAUUCUUCUCUUAUUUGAUCCUCACAAACUCGACAUUAGUGAUGAGUUCAAACGAGUUAUAUCAUCUCUACGUGGUCACGAUGACAAAAUUCGUGUUGUGUUGAAUAAGGCAGACCAAGUUGAUACACAACAACUGAUGAGAGUUUAUGGUGCACUGAUGUGGUCCCUUGGCAAAGUUCUAGAUACACCAGAGGUUGUUCGAGUUUAUAUAGGUUCCUUCAAUGACAAACCUGUAAAGGAAGGUACUGACCAUAUGGGGAAGGAUCUUUUUGAAAAAGAGCAAGAUGAUUUGCUUGAAGACUUGAUUGAUAUACCUAAAAAGGCUUGUGAUCGUAAGAUCAACGAAUUUGUUAAACGUGCCAGAGAUGCUAAGAUUCACGCCUACAUAAUUAGCCAUCUUAAGAAAGAGAUGCCAUCAUUGAUGGGGAAGUCUAAAGCUCAAAAACGUCUUAUUAAAAAUCUUGAAGAUGUAUUUGUAGAGGUUCAAAGACAGACUCGUAUACCGGCGGGUGACUUCCCCAAUGUGGAACACUUCAGGAAAGUGCUGGUACGUUACAACAUAGAAGACUUUGAGAAGUUGAAGCCAAAAAUGAUUCAAGCAGUGGAUGAAAUGCUUGGUCAAGACAUUCCCGAACUUCUCAAGAACUUCAGAAAUCCAUAUGACUAAAUCACUGGUGGGGUUGGGUGGGACCCUCUAGAGUUUUAGCGUUUGGGUGGUAGUUGACUUAGUUGUUAUAAGAAGCUAGUGCAGUAUGGAGCUUUGAUUUUCCAGUAGAAACUUGUUUUCUUUCCAGUAGUAGUAGCUGUACAAGCGCAGUUCAAUAAUUUCCAUACCUGGUCAGAAAAUAUUCCUUGGCUUGUAUUUAUUUGUUUAAAUUGAUCAAUUUUUUUAUUUGUUCUAACUUCUAACACUUGGACCCAAAGAGCUUGAGGCAUUACAUUUGAUGCAUUGAAAGUAUUACAUUAAAACCCACAAUUUUUAGUUGCUUAGUAGUCAUUUGAGAAUGUAAGAAUGUGUCCAUUUCUACAUAAAUUGUGAAACACCUCUCAAGUGGCCGCAUAAUAUAUCUCAAUAUUAACUUUCUAGAGAAGCAUUGCCAUUUUUUACGCUUAUGAUCCAUGGUGGUCAGUGGUUAGUCAUGAGUGAAGAAAGGAAUAUAUUAUAGAGCUAUUAUAUGCCUUUUCUAUUAGGCCCUGUUUGGUUGGAGGGUUUAGGAGGGGAGAGGAGGAAAGUAGGGGAUUUGUGUGUAUUUAGUUGAAGAAAAUAGGGGGGAAGAGAAGGAAAGUAGAAGACUUUCAAAAUCCUCUACUUCCUCCCAUUCUAAACCCCCCAAAUUGGGGUAUUUUGGAGGAAACGUGUUGAUUGCACAAACUAUCCAUCUCCUACGUGAAUGAACAAAACGUUAUAAUAUAAAAAGGUAAAAAACAAAAAGUUUUGACAAAUUAAAAAAUUUAAAAAUUUAAAAAUUUAAAGAUUAAAAAUUUAAAAAUUAAAAAAUAAAAAAUUUUUAAAAUAAAAAAUUUUAAAAAUUAUAAAUUAAAAAUUUUAAAAAUUAAAAAAAAAAUAAAAAUUAAAAAUUGCAAACUGAAAAAUGAAAAAUUAUAAAAUUAAAAAAGUAAAAAAUCAAAUAAAAUAAAUUUAUGACUCAUGACCAUAG